UCGAAGCUAAUUCUAUUCGUGGUUUUCUCUUUCCCUCAUUUUUCCGGCCAGACGCUCCACUUAGUUUACCGCUGUCUUGAAGGUGAAUCCUUGCCUGCUAGCCUCCCACAAGAAAUUCUUUCGGUUGCUUUGGCGCAACCUGCCAUUACGGGGCCUGGCCACACGCAAUCAAAUCAGCAGCAGCAGUCCUCGCUUCUCGCACUGAUGCCGCCCAGCCCUAUUGCAACCUCCAACGCCUCUGGUGCAGUUACUACAACCAGUCUGGCGUCAGCCGGUGGUGAUGCUCUUGCUCUUGUCCCUGUUAACCAAGCGUCUACCGUCUCCGCUGCGCAGGUAUCGUCUUGA